AGUCUCGCAUCCUCAGGGUGAAGGUGGUCUCUGGCAUCGAUCUGGCCAAAAAAGACAUCUUUGGAGCCAGUGACCCCUACGUGAAACUCUCCUUGUAUGUGGCAGAUGAGAACAGAGAACUUGCUCUUGUGCAGACAAAAACCAUCAAAAAGACACUGAACCCCAAAUGGAACGAAGAGUUUUAUUUUCGAGUGAACCCCACCAACCAUCGGCUCCUGUUCGAGGUGUUUGAUGAGAACAGACUGACCAGAGACGACUUCCUGGGCCAGGUGGAUGUGCCGCUCAGUCACCUCCCGACCGAAGACCCGACCAUGGAGAGGCCCUACACAUUUAAGGAUUUCCUCCUCAGACCACGAAGCCACAAAUCUCGUGUGAAGGGUUUCUUGAGGCUGAAGAUGGCCUACAUGCCGAAAAACGGGGGCCAGGAGGAGGAAAACAGCGAUCAAAGGGACGACUCCGAGCACGGCUGGGAUGUGGUUGAUUCCGGCGACUCUACGUCUCAGAGGCAGGAGGAGUUGCCGCCUCCUCCUCUUCCUCCUGGCUGGGAAGAGAAGGUGGACAACUUGGGCCGGACCUACUACGUCAACCACAACAACAGGACCACCCAGUGGCACCGGCCCAGCCUCAUCGAUGUGGGGUCAGACUCUGACAACAACAUCAGGCAGAUCAACCAGGAGGCAGCUCACCGGCGGUUCCGCUCGCGGAGGCACAUCAGUGAGGACCUGGAACCGGAGCCCGUGGAGAGCGGGGACAUUCCCGAGCCUUGGGAAACCAUCUCCGAGGAAGCAAGUGCCAGUGGAGAUUCCUUAAGCUUGUCACUGCCACCCCCUCCCGCGUCCCCGGUGUCCCGGAGCAGUCCUCAGGAGCUGUCUGAGGAGCUGAGCAGGAGGCUCCAGGUCACUCCCGAUUCCAACGGGGAACAACUCGGCUCUUUGAUUCAAAGAGAACCUUCUUCGAGGCUGAGGUCGUGCAGCGUCACGGACGCGGUGGCCGAGCAGUCUCAGUUAGCCCUGCAGAGUGGCCCCUCUAGGAGAGCUCGUUCUUCAACUCUCACAGGUGGAGAGGAGCCAACGCAGCCCUCCGUGGCCUACGUGCACACCACCCCCGGGCUGCCCUCGGGCUGGGAGGAGCGGAAGGACGCCAAGGGCAGGACCUACUACGUCAACCACAACAACCGCACCACGACGUGGACCCGGCCCAUCAUGCAGCUCGCCGAGGACGGGAUGGUGGCGCCGGGCACCAGCAGCAGCAACCACCUGAGCGAGCCGCAGAUCCGGCGGCCCCGCAGCCUCAGCUCCCCCACCGUCACCCUGUCGGCCCCCCUGGAGGGCAUGAAGGACUCUCCGGUGCGCCGGGCGGUGAAGGACACCCUCUCCAACCCCCAGUCCCCACAACCAUCCCCUUACAACUCCCCCAAACCCCAGCACAAGGGGGCCCAGAGCUUCCUGCCCCCGGGCUGGGAGAUGCGCAUCGCCCCGAACGGCCGCCCCUUCUUCAUCGACCACAACACCAAGACCACCACCUGGGAGGAUCCGCGGCUGAAGUUCCCGGUGCAUUUGAGAUCCAAAGCGUCUCUGAACCCCAACGACCUGGGACCUCUGCCUCCCGGCUGGGAGGAAAGAAUCCACCUGGACGGGAGGACCUUUUACAUCGACCACAGAAGCCAGGUGUUGAUAUGUGGAGACAUUGAGCCCAGAGACUUAGUGCCCUCCUACGAUAAUAAAAUUACCCAGUGGGAAGACCCCAGGCUGCAGAACCCGGCCAUCACCGGCCCGGCGGUUCCGUACUCCCGGGAGUUCAAGCAGAAAUACGACUAUUUCCGCAAGAAGUUGAAGAAACCCGCCGACAUCCCCAACAGAUUCGAGAUGAAACUGCACCGGAAUAACAUUUUUGAGGAGUCCUACCGCCGGAUCAUGUCCGUCAAGAGGCCCGACGUGCUGAAAGCCCGGCUCUGGAUUGAAUUCGAGUCCGAGAAAGGCCUGGACUACGGAGGGGUGGCCAGAGAGUGGUUUUUUCUCUUGUCCAAGGAGAUGUUUAACCCUUACUAUGGUCUCUUUGAGUACUCGGCGACGGACAACUACACACUUCAGAUUAAUCCUAAUUCAGGUCUCUGUAACGAAGACCACCUGUCCUACUUCACCUUCAUCGGCCGGGUGGCCGGGCUGGCCGUGUACCACGGGAAGCUGCUGGACGGCUUCUUCAUCAGACCUUUCUACAAGAUGAUGCUGGGCAAGCCAAUCACUCUGAAAGACAUGGAAUCAGUGGACAGCGAAUAUUACAACUCCCUGAAGUGGAUCCUGGAGAACGACCCCACGGAGCUGGAUCUCAUGUUCUGCAUCGAUGAGGAAAACUUUGGGCAGACGUAUCAAGUGGACCUGAAGCCCAACGGCUCCGAAAUCAUGGUGACCAACGAGAACAAGAGGGAGUACAUUGACCUGGUCAUCCAGUGGCGCUUCGUCAACAGGGUGCAGAAGCAAAUGAAUGCAUUUUUGGAGGGCUUCACCGAACUGCUUCCCAUCGACCUGAUCAAAAUUUUCGACGAGAACGAGCUGGAGCUCCUCAUGUGCGGCCUCGGCGACGUCGACGUCAACGACUGGAGGCAACACACCAUCUACAAAAACGGUUACUGCCCCAACCACCCCGUCAUCCAGUGGUUCUGGAAGGCCGUCCUGCUGAUGGACGCCGAGAAGCGCAUCCGGCUCCUGCAGUUCGUCACCGGGACGUCUCGAGUGCCUAUGAAUGGAUUUGCUGAACUUUACGGUUCAAAUGGUCCUCAGCUGUUUACAAUCGAGCAGUGGGGAAGUCCUGACAAGCUGCCCCGAGCUCACACCUGCUUUAACCGCCUGGACUUACCUCUCUACGACUCCUUCGAGGACCUGCGCGAGAAGCUCCUCAUGGCCGUGGAGAACGCCCAGGGCUUCGAAGGGGUGGAUUAACCCGGCGGCCCCGGCGCCCCCUCCAAGCACAUUUUGCUGGCCCUGCCCAGGGGGGAGGAGAGACCC